UAUUAUCAGCGAGCACAGUACAUUCUUUGUGAAUGUGCCCUGAGUCUUUUUUUCUGUUUUGCAUUGUUUUAGGCAUCGUGGAAGAGUACCGCCCUCCCUUCUUUGACCUGGUGCCCUUAGAUCCCAGCUUUGAGGAGAUGAAGAAGGUGGUGUGUGUGGACCAGCAGAGGCCCAGUCUGCACAACAGGCUCCAUUCCCACCCUAUCCUAACAGCUAUUGUAAAGAUCAUGAAGGAGUGUUGGUACCAGAGUCCACCGGCCCGCCUCACUGCCCUGCGGAUAAGAAAGACGCUCUCCAAACUGGACCAUGACAGCGACUUCAGCAUCGAGAAACUCAAGCGGGACAUCUAGACCUGCACACCGGCAUAAAACGGGGACAAAAGAUUGAAAACGCCAGAAGGGAUUGUGCACCACAUUCCAAUAGCACGAGGUGCAUAUCAUUAGCAUAUUUUGAGCUAAUGACUCACACAGUCACUGCAUUAUAUUAAAACCAUAUGACUUUCAGAUGUAGUGUCUAGACUGGCUCCCAAGGUUUUUUGUUUUUUCCUAGCCUAGUUUUCAUCUGGUGCGUCAAACUAAAGGGACCAAAAGAAAAACUGUAAGGACCAAAACAUUUAAUCUAGGUAUACUGCUUUGAUACUAAGCUUAUAAAAGGCAUUUCCAAAGCAGGAUAACUAACACUGAACAAUGCAGGGUUUUAUUCAUAGCUGCCUAAAUACCGCCAUCGUCAUGCUAGAAGGGAAAUUCUGACAUUACUCAUGAUGUUAUCGAGAAGAGGAGGAGCAUUCUGGACUUAUUCUGAAAUACAGUAAAAUUGCACAAAUGGGUUUUCCCAAAAAUGACCAAAGAAAACACGGAGGCCUUUUUUCCCCAUGAAUACAGGACAUAUGUAAGUAAUAACAUGCUCAUACCAAAGCACAUUACCUGUUGUGUAAGCAUAUUUAACUUAUAUAAGAUGAGCAUUUAUUAUCUGCACAGAGACACAUUGAGCUGUUUAGUUGUACAUAUUCUAAAGGGCUGAAGCUGUAGUAUCACAAUUGGAUUUAUUGUAAAUAUAUUUUAAAGGGGAUAUUAUUUUCUAUUAUAUAACAAUGAGACACAUUUUAUAUACUUUUUUUUUUUUUUUUACAACACAGCAGUUUCAAAGUAUUUUUUUCUACAUUCCUAUAGGUCAAUAAUGUACCAUCACCAUUUUUUUGGUCAGUAAAGGAAUCCACAAACCGACAUGUAAUGUUGAAUAAAGGAUUGUAUUUUUCAA